AGAGAGAGAGAGAGAGAGAGAGAGAGAGGGCGAGAGCACGUGUAGUGCCUGCCUUUUUAAAGAGAGCGACCGCUUUCUUGGCGGCUCCCGAUCCCAUCCCAUCCCAUCCCAUCCUCCCCUAAAACCCUAAUCCAUAACGAAACCCCCAAAACCCUAGCCCUCAUCGAAGGAGGAGGAAAAGAGAGGCGAAGGAAUGGAGGCUUCUUUAGGGCAGAAGCAGAGGCAGCUGGAGUUCCCGAGCGUCACUCUCUCCCAUGUCUCCUCCUCUCCGUCUGCCCCCCUGCCGCUCGCUGCCUCCGCCUCCUUCGCCGCCGCCCAGCCCGGCGGCCACUGCCUGCGGUUCCAGGACCCGAGCUCGACCGACCCCGUUCUUGACCUCGAUCUCCGCAUCUCCCAGAUCUUCCGUCUGGGCUCCGCAGAAUUGUUGUGUGUAAGCCAAGAAUCAGGGGCCACUGAUGCAGACGAGAAGCCUUUUUCAAGUGCAAUCAAGAUUGGUUUUAGAACAGAAGAUGAAAGCAAAUCCUUCCUUUCAGCAUUUGAGCAGUUGAAGCAUGGAGUGGUUAGUCCAAGAUCUGGUGGAGCCUUGGAGAAUGGAUCCCUAAUAGCUGCUAAAAGCAAAUUUGACCACAAAAUAGAGGCCACUUCUGCGAAAAUGUAUUUCCAUUACUAUGGUCAGCUGCUUCAUCAGCAGAAUAUGUUACAAGAUUAUGUGAGGACAGGAACCUACUAUGCUGCAGUGAUUGAGAAUCGUGUAGACUUUAAUGGUCGUGUGGUUGUUGAUGUUGGUGCUGGUAGUGGCAUCCUUUCAUUAUUUGCUGCUCAGGCUGGUGCCAAGCAUGUCUAUGCUGUAGAGGCAUCUGAAAUGGCAGAAUAUGCGCGCAAGCUAGUUUCUGGGAAUCCGUUGCUCGGACAGCGGAUCACGGUUGUCAAAGGUAAAGUUGAGGAAGUGGAGCUGCCUGAGAAAGCAGAUAUUCUAAUUUCUGAGCCAAUGGGCACCUUGUUAGUCAAUGAAAGGAUGUUGGAGUCAUAUGUGAUUGCAAGAGACCGAUUCCUUGGCCCCAGUGGAAAAAUGUUUCCAUCGCUUGGAAGGAUACACAUGGCGCCAUUUAGUGAUGAAUAUCUUUAUGUUGAAAUUGCAAAUAAGGCCCUCUUUUGGCAGCAGCAGAACUAUUACGGUGUUGACCUUACUCCUCUCCAUGGAUCUGCUUUUCAGGGAUAUUUCUCUCAGCCUGUGGUGGAUGCUUUUGAUCCUAGGUUGUUGGUUUCUCCGCCUAUUUUCCAUACACUAGAUUUUACUUGCAUCAAGGAAGAAGAUCUAUAUGAGAUUGAUAUUCCGCUGAAUUUCAUAGCAUCUGUUGGCACUAGGGUGAAUGGACUGGCUUGCUGGUUUGAUGUUUUGUUCAAUGGAAGUUCUGUUCAAAGAUGGCUUACUACCGCUCCUGGUGCCCCCACAACUCACUGGUACCAGCUGCGAUGUGUCCUCGCCCAGCCACUUUAUGUCAUGGCUGGUCAAGAAAUUACAGGACAGCUUCGCCUUGUAGCUCACAGUGCUCAGAGCUAUACCAUUUACUUGACCAUGUCAGCUAAAAUGUGGGGUGCUGGUGCCAAUCAAGGAGGGAUAUUACAGACAUCUUCAUGCAAGCUUGAACUAAAAGAACCCUAUUAUCGGUUGUCCCAGCCACAACCCUAUGUGCUGCCGCAAGAUCAGCAGGCACAACAACAGCUUAUACAGCCACAAGAAGUCUCCCCCCAAAUUCAAGGUGGGACUGACCCCGGCAUGACAAUACAGUCGUCACAGAAUUCAGAAGUUUUAGAUCAAUAGCAUCCGGUCCCCGAGAAGGCCUGUGGUUGACUGCAGAUCAUAUUUGUAAAAUCAUGUACUUCAUCCAAAAUAUUUGUUGCAUUAGUCGCCAACAGUGCUGUUCUGUAUAUUUUCACUCUGGACUACUGUGUAUUACUGAGGUAGCGGCUGGAUGGGGACAUUCUGCUUCCCCACCUUCUCACACAAAGUCAUGAUUACCGCAUCAAAAUUUAAAAUUUGUGGAAUAAGCUGCAAGCUCUGCUCUCUUCAUCAAUUCAUGGAUUUUUUCUGGCGGUUACGGGAAAAUUUUUA